AUGUAUUCCGAUCCCCACCUCGACGCCCCGCCCCCGCCCUCCCAGUUCCGCAGACCGUGGUCCCCCGACGUCUUUGAUCCCAACCCCACUGCAGGCCCCUCGUCCAGCCGCUCUCCAGUCGAUGCAGGCGGGUAUGACUCUGCCUAUCCCACUGAGCUGUAUGCCAUGCCUGCGCACCACCACCGGCAAUCCCACAGACUUGGAGGCUCCCCUGACCGCCGACAGCAGCAGCGACGAGAACCUUCUGAUGUCUCCGUCGAAGCCCUAGAUCUGGCAGACUAUGCUCGCACACUGCGCUCCCGCCAGGCAGAGGAUCCGUACCCUCCUUUCUUGCCGUCUCUCUCCCAGGAACACGAGCAGGAUGCGAUACAGGAGCAGGCCCGGCACGCUGUGUCUCUGUCCUCCUUCCCUGCCUUCCCCCGCCCAUCUGCUACGAACAGCCGCGAUACCCACUCGCACUCGCGAUCGAAUGUACACAUGCAUCCGCCGUCGGUCGUCUCCCGUGGCCCGACUCUCUCCUCCAAUGCGACGCAGCACACGCACACCACACUGUCAUCUACAUCUCACGCCCCGCGCCGUGCGACACAUCGUCCGUUCUCUUUACCUUCGUCUUCUGCACGUUCUGCUCAAUCGCACGCUGGCUCCUCGCGCCGACAUAUGUACAUUGCCGACGGCGCACCACCUGCACGGCCAAUGGAGGAAGAGGAAGAGAUCGAUAUAUCCCGUUUCCCCAGGUGGUCGCGGAACUGGUACACCAACACCAAAACCACCACCAAAUACAACCACACUGUAGACGACGACGACGAUGGGAUGUACACCUCCAUCCCCGGAUCUCAUCUCCCCUCACCGCCGAACCAGCAGCGCAAGUCGCACUUUGAUCCAGGAUACGUGCACGAUCCAUACAGCUCCGACUUUGGGCCACCACCACCACUUUCGUCGAUGCAUCACGGACAGACGACAAGGAACAGCUCGCGCGAUCUUCUCCCUUGGAGCACCGACCCGCCUGAAUACGGACACGGGUACAACCAGCCCCCCCUCGACCCGCUCCAAAAAGCCGAGCGGAUGCGUAUGCUCGAGCGCGAAUUCGGAGCCGACCCCAACAACUCAAACAACAACGACGACGACACCGCCGCCGCCCGCAAACUCAAAGACGCCGAACGACGCGGCCUGCUCCUCGACGCGCAGGGGCGGCCGGUGGUGGGCACCGCCGACCUCCGCGGGCGCCUCGUGACGGUGGGCCCGCGCCGGCGCGUGGCGGCGAGAGCGCUGCAGGUGCUGUUAGCCGCGGGCGCGGGUGUGCCGGUGCUCUACGCCGCGGUGGCGAUUAAGCAGCCGGAGGGCGCGGGGAGUCCGCCGCCGCAGGGCAAGCCGCCGGUGUUGGUGCUGUAUGUGUUGGCGGUUGCGACGUUGCGCAAGGCCGAGUUGGGUGUUGCUGGUGCGGGCGCGGGUAUGCCUGGGGGGAUGAUGGUCCUCCCGAUGCUGGGCGGCGGCGGCGCAGGGAAGAAAAAAGCCGGGAAAAAGGGAGGAAAGAAAGGCGCGAAGGGCGGACGAGGCGCAGAGGGCGACGUCCAAGUGAACCUCAUCGUCGAUCCUAAAAUGUUCCGCCCCUCCAACCCAUCCUCAUCCUCCUCGGCGUCUGAAGACGAAGACGAAGGGUACUCGCAGGACGACGAGGGCGCGAUGCCCGGGCAAUUUGCGAAACAUGAGAAGAAGCGGAAGAGGAGACGGCAGAGGCAGCGGCGGCGGCGUGGGUUGGUGGAAGGGCUCGCGAUGGAAGCGCGCUGGCGUAUGGCGCGCGCGUGGGCGAAGAAGCUUGCGCUGCUCGAUGCGGUCGGUGUGCUCCUCUGGGGUGCGGAGUUUGUGUUUAUUAUGACGGGGAAGCGGUGUCCGAGUGGCGGGUUUGCAGGGUGGUGUAAUGCGUAUAAUGUCUCUUCGGCUUCGGCGUGCUUGCUCUGUGUCGCGUUUGGUGUAAGCCUGUUCUUUGACGUGCAGGAUCUGCAUGCGAGCAAACAGUCUCCCCGGACACGGAAUCUAUAA